AGCUUCAUGCGAUGCUGGCAAUCUGUGUUUCAUUCUGGACUUGACCUUCUUGUCAGUUCACAGUAUUUUAAUGGUGGUCUCGUGUUAAUUCAAUUUUCAGCAUUGCUUCCUUAGCGGAAAGAACAAAUUAGAAAAUGGCUGUGGCUGCUAGGACACUUUCAAAAUUUUCAGUCAGAAACUGUGGUAGUUUAUUACGGUCCCAAGUGAGAUUUAAUUACACGGAAACUAGGAAGAAUUUAAAAAUCGAUGCAAAUACCAAAGUGAUAUGCCAAGGCUUUACAGGAAAGCAAGGAACUUUCCAUUGUCAACAAGCUCUUGAUUAUGGUACAAAGAUAGUAGGUGGAGUUAGCCCUAAGAAGGCAGGUUCGGAACAUCUUGGAAAACCAGUAUACAAAACAGUUAAGGAGGCCAAAGAGACAACCGGAGCUACUGCAACAGUCAUUUAUGUUCCUCCUCCAGCUGCGGCAUCAGCUAUCAUGGAAGCAAUUGACGCCGAAAUGCCGUUAAUUGUUUGCAUUACGGAAGGUAUUCCUCAGCACGACAUGGUCAAAGUAAAGAGGCGGUUGCUCGAACAAAACAAGUCGCGCUUAAUCGGUCCAAACUGCCCUGGAAUAAUCGCUCCCGAACAGUGUAAAAUCGGUAUUAUGCCUGGCCACAUACAUCAAAAGGGGAAGAUCGGUAUCGUCUCAAGAUCUGGUACUCUAACUUACGAAGCUGUGAAUCAGACUACCCUUACUGGCCUUGGGCAAACGUUGUGUGUUGGUAUCGGUGGCGAUCCGUUCAACGGCACUGACUUCAUCGACUGCUUGGACGUAUUCCUCACCGACCCAGAUUGCGACGGUAUCAUAAUGAUAGGGGAGAUUGGUGGCAGUGCAGAAGAAUUGGCAGCAGAGUACCUCAUCGAGAAGAAUACCGGUGGAAAGGCUAAGCCUGUGGUGUCGUUUAUUGCCGGAAUCACCGCACCGCCCGGACGAAGGAUGGGACACGCUGGUGCCAUAAUCUCGGGAGGAAAGGGUGGCGCGCAGGAUAAAAUUAAUGCACUUGAGAAGGCUGGCGUGAUAGUGACAAGGAGUCCCGCACAAAUGGGCAAUGAGCUCCUGAAGGAGAUGACACGGCUUGGGUUGGUCUGUAAUUAAAGCACGCACUACUAUAAUUCUGUGUAGUUUUUCUUCUUGUCCAUGUAUCUUCAGGAAAAAUAAAUUGAAAGUACGUCAUACAACAAUGGCUCACAGAACAUAGUAGUGUAACACGUUGAGGCAUGGAGAUUACUUGGCUUACCAGCGAUAUAUCAGCUUUUCUUAUUACCAUAAGACACUGAUCAGAGAGCUAUUUAUCUGCUACGGAUUGAUUAUCAACACAAGGGAAAUAACUGAUAUUUUUUUAAAGAAGCCAACUUAUUUUAAUAGCAAGCAUCAUUUAUAAUAGUUUUAUAGAAUUAGCCGUUGCGUUAACAGUGACAGGUAUCGAAAAUAAUUUGUAAAUUAUCUAAGAAAACGUUAACUGCCAUUGAUCUGUCACGGGUUCGCUGUGCAAACGCUGCGAAACGAAGUUAUCAAUUUUUCUAUAAUAUAUAAUCAUAAUUUUGUGAAAAACGGUUGUUUAAGUAUAUAAUGUAUUGUAAAUUAUAUCGAACAUAUAUAAUAUACUAUAGUAAUGAAUUUACGUUUUGUGAAAUAUGUAUCCUUACUGUAAAACAUGUUAAAAAUUGAAAUAUAUAUAAUAUUACUGCUUG